AUGGGCAUCAAAGCAAUUACUCAUGUCGACAGCUAUACCCCACGAAAGCUCUCUGACGACCUCCCUUCAAUAUUGCUCCCUAAGCCCAUGGUCCAUCCUCAAACCCCACCAGAGUCUACGUCAAGUAGCCCACGACUAAAACUGGAGGGUCCCUUUCCGAGCAUCUCUAGAGACUGCUCUCCUCUUCGCACCAUUUCUUCCCUGGGCAGCCCGAGAAACAACUCCCUCGUCCGGCUUCCCAGCCUAGAGGAAUUCGACCUCGGAGUCGAGGCUCUUGCAAGGUCAUACGGCCCUGCUCGUCCGUACACGCCCCCGUCACCACUUCGCGGCCUCGGACGAAGCUCAAUCCUCCCUCAGCCAUUGCCGUCGUUGCAAUCAUACGUUUCCCAGGACCAUCACGUCCCCUACCAGAUGAACGACGCCUACACUCAUGCUGUCUCCAGCUUAGACGGCUACCCCAGCCCUCCCCCAGACGGCGAGAAUCGACACAUCAACCAAAAGUACACCACCGAAGAAGGCGAUUUCAUCAUUUACGCCUGGCACGACAAGAAACUAAAGUGGCAGCGUAUCAAGCAGGAUUUCGCCGCCAUGUUUGGUCGAACCCCCGAGAGAACGGUCCAGGGCCUUCAGGCCUGGUAUUACCGCAUGAACCAGAGGAUUCCACUUUGGGACCAGGAUGGUUGGCUGAUCUUUGAAAACGAGGACGACUUGGAGCCUAAGCACAUCAGCAUCAAGUGCCGCGAAAGAGACAGCCAGGACAAGCCCAUGGAGCCUCUUGGCCUCGCUCAACGUUAUCCCGAACGCGCCAUCCACUACUCCUGGGUUGAUCCCGAAUUGAAGCGAAAGUGCCAAGACUGGGCCGCAAAGCGAGCAAUGCAGUACCGUGACAGGCGAGAACGAAGAAAGAGAAAGGAGCAGAGGCGUCUCAAACUCUAA